AUGAAGAAGAGAAAAAAGAAGCUAUGUGAAUAGACAAUGACAUAGAUCGGCUCGAGCAAGAGGCUCUCUCAACCUAUGGGCAGCUAAGGAGAGUAAAAGCCAGACUAGAUAUUAUAAGAAUUUUCAAUCACUAAAAUAUGUACUGAGAAGAUGGAUGAUGUAAAUGUGGAUGACUAUAUGGGGGCAGUGACUGACCAGAAAGAAACUCAGGUUGUAGAUCAAAUGCAAGUAGAUGAGGAACAAUCUUUUGUGGAGAAUGUGGACGAGGCAGCUAAGGAAGAAGCUAAAGAAAUUGAUAAUGCUAUAAAACAAAAAAUAGAGAGUCUACAACAACUAUAUGAGUACUAGGAAGAAGUAGUCAAAAAUCUUUAAAAGGUUGACUAAAGUGGUUUUAGAAACGAGAAAAUCAGUCACUACGAAUUAAUAGACUCGCUUCUUGAUGCAGAAGAGAAAGUGGAGAAAGCAAUAGAGAGAGCUGAAAACCUAGUGAGUAUCUACAUGACUUGGGAUGAGAAAAUGAACUUGAUGUAAGAACUGAUAUAAGACUGUGCAUAGAAACUCAAACAAAAUAUCAUUGAUAAAAGUAUUCUAAAAAAGGAAGAGGUUGAAGUGAUGAAAAAUGGUAUUAAAGAAGCAAUUAUGGGAUACGAAAGCAUCUUGAGGAAAGAAAUGGAAGAAGUAGAUAAAGUUCUACUUGAAGAACUCUAAACUCAAGCUAGAAAACUAGGCUACCAAGCAAAAACAAUAUAGGGAGAAGUUCUAACUACCAAAAAAUGGAUACAACCAAGCAGAAGUAAUGAGACAUUACUUGGGUAGACCGGAGAUAAUCUUAGAAUAGUUCAAAUCAGAACUGCUAAGAAGAAUAUUGUUUAACUGUACUGGAGGACCUAUGAUAAACUCCCUAGAACAGGUUAUUUAAGUGAUCUAAAAAGUGGAAGCUAAUGA